CCUUAACAGGAGUAGUAUAACGGUGGAAGUUGUAUUUAAUAUCUUUCUUUCUUUCAUCUAGUGUAUUUUUAUUGUGAAUUUAUAAUUGCCAUUGCUUAAGUGGUUUUAUUAAUUUUGUAGUUAUGACAGAUAAGAAGCGUCCUAUAUCUCCAGUAAAUGGUGAGGUUGAGCAUGAAAUCAUCAAGAAGCCUAAUAAUGGAAAUGGAAAUCAUAAGAAUAAUAAAAAAAUUAUAAAAAGAAAGUAUAAGGCUAAAGAUGUUGAUCCUACUGCCCCAUUGGGAGUUUUACAAUUUGAAAUUGAUGAAAUCUUAUCGAAUCAUCAAUUAACUCGAGAAGAUAUCACCAAUAAUAUGAGUGGAAUAUUAAAUGAUGAAACUAUUCAAAAAAUAUAUCAUAGAAUAGUUUCAGAUGUAACUAUUGAAUCACUUAGUUCUAAUGGUGAUGGUUUAGCAUUAAUUCCUCAUCCAGAUCCUACAAAAAAAUUCCAAAUUGUUAUAGUUCCAUUUGGAUUACCAGGUGAUAAAGUAGAAAUAAGAGUAUUUAAAUCUCAUCCAUUAUAUGCUGAAUCUGAUCUUUUAAAUAUAAUCCAGGCUUCAGAAUAUAGAGAUGAUUCACUUAUUAAUUGUAAAUACUUUGGUAAGUGUUCUGGAUGUCAAUAUCAGAAUGUUAAUUAUGAUCAACAAUUAAUAUUUAAAAGAAAAACAAUCGAAAAUGCAUAUAAAUUCUUAGCUCCACUCUUAUCAGCAACUAAGGGGGCAUUACCUUCUGUAAGAUCCACAGAACCAUCUCCAUUGCAAUACAAAUAUCGUACUAAAUUAACUCCUCAUUUCAAUAUACCAUUCAAAAAGGUAGUAGAAGAAAGACCUAAUCUUGGGUUUGGAUCAAAGGGAAGACCAACAUGGAGAAAAGAUGUAGAUAUAAAAGAUGGAUCCAUAUUGGAUAUUGAAGAAUGUGUCAUAGGUACUCCAAUAAUUAAUCAAGGAAUGACAAAUGAAAGAGCUAGAUUCUCUCAAGAGUUUAAAAAAUAUAAGAAAGGUGCCACAAUCUUACUUAGAGAAGAUACAAAAGUUAUUGACAAAGAUGAAGAAAUAAUAUUAGCUCCAGGAUCAGGAUCCACAGACGUAAAUGGAGAGAUCUCUCAUUUACAAUCACAAUUACCAGAAAAGCAAUUAGUUAAAACAUGCGUAACAGCUUCUAGACAAAUUGUUAAGGAAUACGUUGAUGGCUAUACUUUCGAAUUCUCUGCUGGUGAAUUUUUCCAAAAUAACAAUUCUAUUCUACCAAGAGUAAUAGAUUAUGUCAGAUCAAAUUUGUCAAUUGACGAAAAUGAUGCUAAAGAUUCAAAUUAUUUGGUUGAUGCUUAUUGUGGCUCAGGUUUAUUUUCAAUUACUUGUUCUCAGAACGUCUCCAAAGUUAUUGGAGUUGAAGUAUCGGCUGAUUCUGUUAAGUUUGCAGAACGUAAUGCUGCCUCCAAUAAGAUUGAAAAUGCUAAAUUCAUAGUCGGUAAAGCAGAAGAGAUUUUUAAGAGUAUCGACACUCCUGCUGAUCGUACUUCUGUAAUCUUAGAUCCACCUAGAAAAGGUUGUGAUGAUGUUUUCUUAAAUCAAUUAUCUGAUUAUAACCCUGCCAAAAUAGUGUAUAUUAGUUGUAACGUUCAUUCUCAAGCCAGAGAUGUCGAUUGGUUCAUUAACAAGACAGAUAAUGGUAAUAAAUAUUACGUUGAAAGCAUUAAGGGAUUUGACUUCUUCCCUCAAACUCAUCAUGUUGAGAGUGUCGCAGUAUUGGCAUUAAAAAAACAGGAUUAGAAUAAUAUAUAAUUUAAUGAUAAGGACAGUUUUAAAUAAAU